AUGGUGGUGGAGGAGAAGGUAGAGGAGAAGGUGGAAGAGAUGGCGGAGGAGAUGGUGGAGGAAAUGGUAGAGGAGAUGGUGGAAGAGAUGAUAAAUGAGAUGAUGGAGCACCCUCAUCUCAGUGACUCAGAGACGGUACAUCUCAACCUUGUACGAAGCACAGUGCCUCUCCCCACGUCCCCGUGUAGCAGCGCCUACAGCAUCUCCAACGAGGGGCCCGGGGCCAAACUAAAAGAGGAUGAUGUUGGGUUGGAAAAAGACAAGCCUUCCAACGGGGGUUCUAUCCAACAACUGGUGCUGAAGUCAGAUCCCACGGCCCCAGAUGACCAGUGUGAGGAGGACGAUCCUUAUGCCUCCGGGUACGGCAGUGGAGACGAUGCCUACGAAGACACAGACGAGCUGGACGAGGUGAAGAAGCUCGUGGAGCAGAGAGACUACGAUUUGCCCCUCCCACAGCCAGAGGUGACUGACAGCAGUCCGGUACAGGCUCCGCCCACCGCAGCCUCCUCAGACGAUGAAGAGGAGGAAGUUGAGGAGACGUCUGGACAGGAAGUGGAGGGGUUGACUGCUGUGAAAGUGGGGCCAACGGUGGCAUCAACUCAAACCUCCCGACCAGACACCGUGUCUGAGGGCCAGAAGGGGGAGCGAGGGGCCCCGGGGCCCGCAGGCCCUCCCGGAUCCCCGGGCGAGGGGUCUGGCUCUGGGGAGGAGGUGGUCCCGGGACCGAGGGGGACGCAGGGGCCAGCGGGACCUCAAGGCCCGGCUGGAGCACCGGGCAAAGAUGGACAGAAGGGCGGUAAAGGCGAUGACGGAGUCUCGGGACCGUCUGGGGUUCCAGGAUUUCCAGGCAUGCCAGGAGAAAACGGGGUCAAAGGAGACAAGGGUGAUCCGGGUAUGGGGUCCCAGGGCCCCCCCGGGCCCCCCGGGCCCCCGGGCAGAGGGUCCAGACUCCCAGAGGGCUUCGGCUCAGGCUUCGAUGACUUCGACAGCGACGCAGAGAUCAUGAGGGGGCCUCCCGGGCGUCCCGGGCUCCCAGGGAACCCGGGCCCUCCGGGGCCCGCGUCAGAGGAGGUGUUCCCUGGACCUCCUGGGGUUCCCGGGAGAGAUGGAAAGGACGGAGUGGCUGGUGCAGCGGGCGUUCCGGUUAUUGACGAGUGGUUAAGUGGGUUGGGCUCUGGUGGUUCUGGGUCUGGUUCGGGGUCUGAGUCUGACCUUGGUUCUGGACAGGGUCCUGAUGGUAAAGAUGGCGACCCGGGACUCGCUGGGACGAAGGGAGACGAGGGAGAGAUGGGUUUCAUUGGGACUCCGGGGCCAAAGGGGGACUCUGGCCAUGAUGGGUUCCCGGGGCCGGAUGGAGCUGAAGGGAAGCCCGGGCCGCGCGGCCCCCCUGGCCCCCCGGGGCCUCCGGGCGGGGGCUUCACCAUGGACCUGGAGGAUCUGGAAGGAUCCGGAAUGUCCAGCGGCUUUGGUGCAUUUCUACCCAAAGGCCCUGAGGGACCUCCUGGGAUCCCUGGACUUCCAGGAACUAUGGGUAAAGACGGGUUGGAUGGGCCUCCAGGGAAGACAGGAGCAAAGGGGGCGACAGGGGCACAUGGAGCUCCCGGCAAGCCAGGCACAAUUGGACUAAACGGAGAUGAGGGACAAAAAGGAGACAAAGGUGUCGCCGGACAAAAGGGAGGACCAGGAAGGGAUGGACUCAGCCUACCCGGCCCCCCAGGGCCCCCCGGGCUUCCGGGACCAAUCAUAAACCUCCAGGAGCUGAUGCUCAACGACACGGACGGAGUGUACAACUUCUCAGGGAUGGUGGAGCUUCAGGCUCCAAAGGGCCCCAAGGGAGAUAUUGGAUUGCCGGGCGUCAAUGGACCAGCGGGGCCAAAGGGAGAGAAAGGAGAAUCAGGCGUUGUCGUGAUGCCCGACGGCUCCUUGAUGUCUGACCUCGGGGGGGUAAACGGACCUCCAGGAAUCAAGGGCGAUAGCGGUUUGCCCGGAGCGGCAGGCGUUGCGGGGCCGACGGGGCCGAAGGGGCCGAAGGGCGAGUUCGGGUACCCCGGUCGUCCGGGUCGCCCCGGGGUGUCCGGUGCUAAGGGAGAGAGCGGGUCCUCUCACAGCCCGCCGGGGCCUCCUGGACCCCCCGGUCUCCCCGGCCGCCCUGGCAUGUUCAACUGCCCCAAUGGAACCGUGUUCCCCAUUCCCCCCCGACCCCACUGCAAGAACGCGCUGAACGCCGAUGGAACUGUAAAUGGAAACUGUCCGAGGGGAGAGAAGGGGGACAGAGGUCAGCCAGGCCUUCCUGGUUGGUCUGCUUCGCAAAACUCAUUGUAUCCCGGAAGAGGCGGGCUGGGUAGCCAUGGUGACCAGGGCAUUAAAGGGGAGAAGGGAACGCCUGGGUACGCGGGUAUCCCUGGGAGACAAGGAGCAAUGGGGCCUCCGGGCCAGUCUGUGCACGGCCCCCCGGGCCGGCCGGGGGUCCCCGGCUCCCCCGGCGUCCCGGGCUACGGUAGACCCGGUUCUGUUGGCCAACCCGGCCCCCCCGGCCGGCCCGGACCCCCCUCCCGAUACGGCUCAGCGGUGACCGUCGCGGGCCCCCCCGGCCCCCCGGGGCCAACGGGGGCGGCUGGGACCUCAGGAGCUCUGAAGAGCUUCUCCACGCGGGAGGCCAUGAUGCAGCACACAGUGAGGGACGUGGAGGGAACGCUGGCCUUCGUCUCGGCCACCGGAACGCUCUUCCUCAAGGUUUCCCAGGGCUGGAAGGAGGUCCAGCUCGGCGGCAUGGUCUACCUCUCCAGUAACAUCAUCCCCCAGGACGAGCCCCGCCCGGCGUCCCAGGCCAGAGGAGACGCCAUGGAGCGAGUACGCACCGUCUCGCAGAGGCUGACCCUGGUGGCGCUGAACCAGCCCCACUCGGGAGACAUGAUGGGCGUGGACGCGGCCGACCGCAUGUGCUUCGAGCAGGCCAAGGCCAUGGGCCUGCCGCCGCACUACCGCGCCUUCCUGUCGUCCGGGCGCCAGGACCUGCUCCACGUGGUCCACCCGCUGUCCCGCCACGCCACGCCCGUCACCAACCUCCGGGGUGAUGUGAUGUUCAGGAACUGGCACGCGGUGUUCAGUGGCGACGGAGCUCCGAUCGACGCCAGGAUACCCAUCUACUCCUUCGAUGGACGGGACGUCCUCGCUGACCCUUUCUGGCCUCAGAAGAGUGUGUGGCACGGUUCGGCCACCAGGGGUCUGCGGGUGCAGGACAAGCACUGCGAGGCGUGGCGAGCCGACCACAUGUCCGUCACGGGCCUGUCGUCCAACCUGCUGUCAGGGCGGCUGCUGGGCCAGCAGACGCGCAGCUGCUCCAACCAGUACAUCGUCCUCUGCAUCGAGACGCACAAGACAUAGGCCACGCCCCCCCAUCUCCGCCCAGACCUUUCUGACUCCGCCCCCUCUCACCUGGGACUUUCUGACUCCACCCCCUUUCCCCUGGACAUUUCUGACUCCGCCCCUUUUCACCCAAAACUAUGUGAGUCCGCCCUCCUCCACCUGGACCUUUCUGACUCCGCCCCCUCCCAUCUAGACCUUUCUGACUCCGCCCCCUCCCAUCUAGACCUUUCUGACUCCGCCCCCUCCCAUCUAGACCACUCUGACUCCGCUCCCUCUUAUAUAGACCUCUCUGUCUCCGCCCCCUCCCAUCUAGACCUCUCUGACUCCGCCCCCUCCUAUCUAGACCUCUCUGUCUCCGCCCCCUCCCAUCUAGACCUCUCUGACUCCGCCUCCUCCUAUCUAGACCUCUCUGUCUCCGCCCCCUUCCAUCUAGACCUCUCUGACUCCGCCCCCUCCCAUCUAGACCUCUCUGACUCCGCCCCCUCCCAUCUAGACCUCUCUGACUCCGCCCCCUCCCAUCUAGACCUCUCUGACUCCGCCCCCUCCCAUCUAGACCUCUCUGACUCCGCCCCCUCCCAUCUAUGUGUAUGGGGUCUAAUCCAGUGCGCAAUUAAAUCAGGAGCUCACUUCGAGUCGCCUCAUACACAAAAGAUACCAUGAGAUUGGUGUUUUAUGUGAUCUAGUAAUUAGAUUUAACAUUUAUAAUUUAUAAAAGUAAAGGUUUGAAGAUUCUCGAGAAGGGUUCUGGAUGUACGAAUAACUGAUUUACCAACGACUGGCAGCCCUGAGCAAACGUCUGCCAAUCCCCUGCGUGUGGAAAGGAUUCUCAGACCUAAACAUGUCGGGACUUCAACCACUGGUUGAGUCCCACCCGCCCAAACCUCGCUCUGCGAGUCGCACCCCUUACCAGUCCCACCGGGAGGGCAUUCAUGUGCCUUUUGUGUGUGUGUGUGUGUGCAAUGAGACCAAACACUUUGAGAAUAUGCACCUACCAUUCAUGACACCCGAGUCCAGUGUAGCUGGCAGCCUCAGUAUUCUUUGUAGCUCCUGGAUGUUAUAUUUUUUUCAAACUGUUUCAAGCCUACUUACCCGCAGUGGGACAAACAGCAGUGACACCCUAAACCAAUGGAUCAAUAAGGGCUUGAAGAGGUGUGUUCAUCCACAAAGCAAAACGUGGGCUGGUUUGGAGUGGCGGAUGAUUUUUUACAUUCGUCCUUUUUACGUUAGGUUUAAUAAACAACCCACACAAAUCAUCAGGAUUUAUUAAUAACACUGCGCCCCCUGUCUGUGGAAGGUGCACUCACAAUUCCAAUAUUUACCACCUAAUUUUGAUGCACUGUAUUUUAUCUGUUUCUGUACUUUUUUCUUUUUUACAAAUCUUUUUUUUUCUAAUGUUUUUUGUCCGUUUCUACUUCUAGUGAUCUCGACCCUCAAGUACGUUUAACUAUGUGGGAUAUUUAAUUUAAGAUUAAAGAUUUAUUUAUGCCAAGACCACAAUUAAUGUUUAACCCGAUUGAUGACAUCCACAAUGUAAUUUAUCGUUUGUAACUGUUUGUUUUUUCAUAUCUUUUGUGAAAUUUUGUCAAAUUGAUCUUUUGCGUUCUGCCUCUUUACUGCAAUUGUUUUAUGCAAAACAUUCCUAGAAGAAUCACAAAAUCCAAAGGGAACCUUCCGAGCCAUCAAAUGUUAUUUCACCCCAGCAAUACCAAAGAACAAAACUACGACAAUAUUUACCUUUAAGGCAGAAGUAUAAGAGCAUAUGUUUUUGUACAAAAAUUGGUGCUUCAUCAAGUAAAGUUGUUGUUUUUUGUAA